GACGGGUGUACGCAUGCGUAAAUCAAAAGUACUGUAAUUCCUUUGCUCAGAAAAAAGUUUGAUAGUGUUAGGAAAUGAGCAGGAGAGAGAAAGCAAAAGAGACGCAAGGAAGACGGGGAUAGAGUUAAACCCUGAAUCACUGCUAUAGAGGAAGUAAGGAGAGAGGAACCGAUUUCCCCUCACACACAAUGCGUCUCCAUCAAGUAAAGAUCGGGUUCCUGAACAACUAAGACAACUAAUUCAACAUGAGGAAAAUAGACAUAAGUUAGACAGUGUCUGCGUCCGCUUCUAAGAAUCUCAUGGAUUGAACUACAAAAUUUGUACACGCCUCUGCCAGCCUCUAGGGAGAAAGCGAGAAGAUGGAUGUGUGUGAGCUCCAGUCCGGCUCUCUGAGGACCAUCAGCGUGCUGGACCGCCUGCUCCUCACACACCCCAUCUGGCUGCAGCUGUCAUUCAACACUGACUCCGCCCACCAGGUCCUGCAGGCAGAGCCCAAAGGGGCCUUCCUGGUGCGCAGGUGCAGCCAGUCGCAGAAGAAGGUGCUGUGUGUGAGACUGACAGAGGACAGUGCCCCCUCCGCCAUUCGGCAGUGUGUCAUCCGUGAGGAGGAAUCCACUUUCUCCCUGGAGAGUUCGGCCGUCAGUUUCCCCGACCUGUGCAGGCUGGUCGCUUUCUACUGCAUCAGCCGAGACAUACUUCCUUUCCCACUGGAGCUUCCGGAAGCCAUAGUUAAAGCCUCAUCCCACAGACAGCUGGAGUCCCUCUCACACAUGGGCCUGGAAUUUUGGAGCUCGCCGCUGAACUUCCGGACGCCUCGGAACGGCCCUCCCCCCGCGGACCAGCCGGGAGGCCUGUUUCUGGGGCGCGGCGGCCAGCAGGUGGCGCUGUGCUACAUCAACCCGCUCUUCCUGCGCGAGCCCCCCAGCCGCGGCGCCCUGCACAAGCGGCACCGCUUCAAGCGCAGCCUGAGGGUGCGCGUCUCCACGGAGAGCUCCAUGACGCUGUCGUCCCCCCCGCGCUCCACCGAGCUCGACUGCGCCGAGCCCAGCCUGCCCCAGCAGAAGAGGGCCAGCACCAACGCCGGCCUGCUCCGCAGAACCCAGGCCCUCUCCCCAACCUCCGAGGAGGAGGAGGAGCUGAUACCCCACGACCCGCAACAGGUACGGACCCCCUCGAAUCGAUUCAGUUCAGCUCAGUUCAGUUCAGAGGCGGAGGAGGGCGGGCCGGAGGCGGGACUGGCGUUGGAGAGGAGGCGCGCCCCGUCCCUGGCGGAGCUGGACAGCAACAGCUCCUUCAGCAGCCUGGAGGAGGCGGAGGACACCCCCCAGCGCCCCGCGGCCCCGAAAGCGGCGCCCCCCGCCAAGCCGCCGCGCGCGGGCUCCGGCCUGCGCAGGAUGAGCGCGGCCUUCGUCACGCUCUUCGCCCCGGAGAAGCGCGUGGCCCAGCUGGUGGACGAACUCUCCCAGGACCGCCGGUCCGCCUUCGGGGCCCUGGUCCAGGACUUCCUGCAGCAGCAGAGGAAGGAGCUGGAGCCCCCGGCGCAGGCCCCGGGGCCCGCCCUCACCCUGCUGCAGGGCCUGCGCCACUUCCUGUCCCAGGCCAAGUGCUUCCUGCUGGCCUGCGGUGAGCUGGAGCCCCCCAUCGAGACCCUGGUGCCCGAGAAGGAGAAAGAUCUGGCCCUGGAGAAAGCCAUGUUCGGCUGUGUGCUGAAGCCUCUGAAGGCCCAGCUGGACCAGGCCCUGCUCUCUCUGCACACCAAAGACGGCUCCAUGCAGCGGCUGGCCGACAGCCUGAGGGACGGCCAGCAGGGGGCAGCAAAGCGCUUCGGGGUGCUUGUGGGCGUGCCCGACGCCCACGGCCUGGAGAGGAUGAAGCAGAAGCUAGUGCUAAUGCAGCGCACACACUCCCCCAUAGACAAAGUGCUGCUGCUGCUACAGGUCUGCAAGGGCAUCUACAACGCCAUGGGCUCCAACCCCCGACAGGAGUUUGGGACGGAUGAGUUCCUGCCCGUGCUGUCCUAUGUGCUGGUGCAGUGUAACCUGCCCCAGGUCCUGCUGCAGGUGGAGUACAUGAUGGAGCUCCUGGAGCCGUCCUGGCUCACCGGGGAGGGAGGUUACUACCUGACCAGCAUCUACGCCAGCCUGUGUCUGAUCCAGAGCCAGUCUGAACCGGUUCCGCCCAGUGGGGUGACCCGCGAGGCCCAAGAGUCGCUGAAGGAGUGGACCCGACGUCGGUCCCAGGAGGCCCAGAACCAGAAAGACACCCAGCAGAACCAGAGGUUUGCGCGGGUGCUGUUCCAGGACGGCGAGUGCAGCAUCGUGCGGACGGUCCUCUGGAAGGCGGGGGACUCGGUCGAGGCCCUGGCCCGCCUCUGCGUCCUCAAAUUCGGGGUGUCGGAGCCGGAGCAGUACAGCCUGUACUGGCGGGACGGGGGCGAGACGCGGCCCGUGCCCCCCCAGGCCCAGCCCACCGACCUGCCCUCCUGCAGCGGGCACGGCCCCACCCUGGCCUUUCUGCGCUCCGACCAGGACUUCGGCAAGGCCCGCAAGCUGACCAGAGGGGGCGCUGUGGACCUGGGGGAGUCCGUCUGCGAGGAGUAGGGGGUUGCGGCCUGCUUUUUUGUGAUGGUUUGCGUGUGUGUAUGCGUGUGUGUGUGUGUGUGUGUGUGUGACAAAGGGGUGUGUCUUUGUCCCCCUCCUCCUCUUCCCAGCUACAACGUGGCCAGACGUGUUCGUUUUGUUUUGUCUUUAUCCUUUGGUGAUUGGCUGUUGAAACCCCUGUUGUGGUCGGGCGCUCAAGAGCGCACCCCAGUGGUCAAGGAGGGCGGCUGACCCGCACUAGUAUGCGCGUGGAUGAAAUUACCCUAAAUAUCCCACUCCGCGCACCCACGAAAAAAAACAAACCGAAUAUCCUCGAAAGAACCAUCUGUAGCUUUUAUUGGAGCAGUCACCAAGUCCAAGCCGUCACCAACGCUGUGCACUGUAUAUGCUGAUAUCUUAAGCUUUGAAUCGAUUCAGGCUUUAGUUCAUCCUCCCAGUCAUAAACUGACGAUGGCGUAACAGCGAGACAGUCAUUGAUCGGAUGAUAUGGGGGGGGGGGGGAUGAUGGCUGCAGGCACGCCAGAAAUCAAAAGGCCACCUCCGCCCAAUCUGUGCAUCGUGAUCGUCACAGCCAUAUAAGGUCAGAACUGUUACCCUGAGUAACUGUCAGUCUAUCCUGGUGAUGAUGUCAGCUUUGCCUGCAUCAUCAUGGUGCCAGAUAUGAAAAUGUAAAAAUACUUUUGAAAAUCUACUUUAAAUGUAAGACUUUAAUUCUUUUGGGAAGGGUUAUAUAACUGCUUUUUUUAGACUCAUUAACACUGGAGACAGCACCGUUUCCCUGCAGCACUGUCACACCGAGGCAUUGUGUUAAAGCACAUUACACUGAGUCCUCAAGGUUGCUGCAACAUAUUUCUGAGAAUAACAUCACAAAAUGAAGGAGGCUAACCGUAUCUCGGUGAAAGUUUGAAACCGCAAUUUAGACGUGCAUCAGAUGGCCACUACAAAGAACGAAAACUUCAAUGCUUACAGAUAAUUCCCCACGAUGUCAUUUUUUAAGAGCGUCACAGGUUCUUUAAAAGAGGAACCGGGAUAAGAAAGCAACACAAAUACAUUUGUGGUGGUAUUGGGGAACAAGUGUUUUGUUUUGGCAUCAGAAUGCUUGCGUCACCAAAGGAACAGCACUAUAAUGUACAGUGAUAGACUAAAGGCCAAAUAAGCAUCCAUAUGCUUGAAGCGAAACCUGUUUAGCCUUAUUUUAAUAACACCACAACAGUAUUAGACCAACAAGGUCAGCAAUUUCUGAAUAGAAAAACAGGGAAAUAAAUGCUUUCAGACCAAUUAUUGUGUCUGAAAUAGAAAGGACUACAGAAAUUAAGUGAGGUCAAGUCUUACACCGCUGUUCCAAUGGGAAAUAUUUGAUCCUACACACAAAAAGCUAGUGUGCAGGAGAACUACAAAAUUAGGAGGCGGUGAGGCAGUGAUUAAAAGCUAAAUGUAACAAUAUUGAAAGUGGAUGCUACCUGUCGCCCACUGAGGAGUGUAGCUGGGGACACAAAACCACAAACUAUCACAAAGACACUCUUCCCCUAGAGACAGUGCCACGGUUAAGCGAACUUGUUCCACAGAAAUGUGACAUAAGUAAAGAUAAAAGAAACUUGUGUGCCAAAUAUCAAGGGUGUGUAUGUGUGUGUGUUUG